CGCUCUUGUCUCAAGCGUUCAAAUUGAGCUAAAAUGGCGGUUGAGGAGACACAGUUUCCACUACGGAAACCGGAACCCUUGCGCAUGCGCAAUCAAGCCCAGUAACCAGAGCUGUUUUUGUUUGUACCAUCGACUGAAACCGAGCGUUCCGAACAUUCUCCGACACCGUCAGACAACACAAAAGGCGGAAUUGAUCCCGAAGUGAGCCCACGGUGAUCCACAAUGGGUGCCGUUUCGAGCACCGAAGCCGAAAGGGAGCCGCUUCUUGCGACGCCCAGCCACGUCGCGGCGACGAGAUCUCCGCCGCCCGCCAAUGGCCGAGUGUACGGCAGAAGGUGGCUUGUCCUCAGCCUCUUCUCCCUGCUGGCCCUCAUGCAGGGGAUGGUGUGGAACUUCUGGGGGCCCAUCCAGAACUCGGCAGUACACGCGUUCGGCUUCACCAAGUCUGACAUCGCCGUACUGGUCCUGUGGGGUCCGGUGGGCUUCGUUCCCUGGCUGUUAUUCAUGUGGUUGAUGGAUAAAAAAGGUCUCCGGCCGUCGCUCCUGCUGUCGGCUUUCCUCAUGCUCCUGGGGUCCGUGAUAAGGAGCGUCCCCCUCUCAGACCCGGCUCUCCGACGCUGGUUGAUCCACGGCGGUCAGUUACUGAACGGUUUAGCCGGCCCGACCAUCAUGAGCGCCGGUCCCUUCCUAUCCACCACAUGGUUCGCCCCGGACCAGAGGGCCACCGCCACCGCUGUCGCCUCACUAUUUUCAUACCUGGGCGGGGCCGCCGCCUACGUAGUGGGACCCCUGCUCGUGCCAGCUCCCAAUGGCACGCAGUCGGCGGGACACCGGGUGUGGUUGAUGGCGCCGGUGUCCACGCUUGACACUGUCAUCCGAGAGAAGAUCCAGCUGGUGAUGUAUGCGGAACUGUCGGCUAUCGCUGCGUUGUUUGUGGCUGUUCUCUUCUACUUCCCCUCGCGGCCGCCGCUUCCUCCCAGCGUGGCCGCUGCCAGCCAGAGGCUGAGCUACAAAAGCAGCAUCUGCCGACUGCUCAGUAACCUCCGCUUCCUGAUGAUCGCGCUGGCCUACGCAGUGCCCACUGGAGUGAUCGCCGGCUGGGCGGGCGUCCUUGACAUGAUCCUCACGCCGGCUAAAGUCAGCCAGGUGGACGCAGGCUGGAUUGGCUUUUGGUCCACAGUUGGCGGUUGCGUUUUCGGGGUGGCCAUGGCUAGGUUUGCAGACUCCAUCCGAGGAAUGCUAAAGCUAAUCCUGGUGCUAAUGCUAGCCGGCGCCUCGUUAGCCUCCACCUGGUUCACACUCACCUGCCUCAGCAGGCUUACACACCUGCCCUCCAAUGCAGCCAUCUUGUACACGUCGUGCAUCCUGGUGGGCAUCUUUAUCAACAGCAGCGUGCCCAUCUUCUUUGAGCUCUUCAUUGAGACUGUGUACCCGGUCCCUGAAGGCAUCACGUGCGGGGUGGUCACUUUCCUGGGCAACCUAUUCACCGGACUGCUGCUCUUUUUCCUCUCUUUCUACUGUAAAGAGUUAUCGUGGCUCAACUGGUGUUUGACGGGCUCCUGCGUCUUCAGCCUGGUGCUAAUCCUCUUCUUCCGAGAGUCGUACGACCGCCUCUACUUGGACGUCUUCGUCUCAGUCUGACGGACGCAAGAUGACCUUCCGGAUCGCAAAGCCGGCAAGAGAGACAAACGAAAAGGGACUUCUUAACAAAUCGUUUACUCUCCGCCCAAGACGUCGCUUCCUGUGACUUCCCGGCGGCCAUUUUAUUCUACUGACGGUUGUUUCGCGGCCUCCGACGACAAGCCAGCGGCCAAACUGGACACUUUUUGAUUAAUAUUAUUUGGGAUGGUGUGGGAUGAUUAUGUUUUAACUUGAACGUGAGAAGCUCCGGGAUUGGUCGUUUGAUUUACUGGACCUUUGAAAAGCUAACGCGUCACUUUUGGGGGUGAUUUUAAGCUAACAAUUUUGUGUGUGCUCGUUUGGCGGCGCGCUUUUAUUGCACGGUGUCCGAAAAAGGGAUAAAGAAAACCUACCAAAUGUUUAUUUUUAUUGUUUUAAAUUUGAUACAUAAGGUUCUCCGUGAUUGGUCACCAGACUCAACGGGGCUCUUAAAAGCUAUUUGUGUCACUUUGUUACAGUUCUGAGCAAACAAUGCCAUUUUUUUUUUUUGUGCGUGUGUGUGCAUGUAAGCCAAAACGAGGUGACUCAGUGGGACGUUUUCAUUGUGUAGCCUCAAAGAGAGCAAGGAUAAAAGGGGAGCAAACAAAAGGAUUUUUAAAGGACUCAAAGAAUGUUUGCACAAAGCACAGAAAUGGAAUUGUUGUUGUUUCGUCUUGAACGCAAGUGUUUGUCUUUUGUCGUUUUUAUUGUAUCACGUCGCGCUCGUGGAACUUGGCCUUGUAAAUAUCCUAAACACUCCGUAUGGGAAAACUCCAGCACCUUAUUAAAAAUGUUUUAUGAAUAACAAUGCUGUGAUGAUUGACUAGACAAGACCACAGCAGGAUGUGUUUGUUCUUUAGAUGCAAACGUUCAAAUAAGACAAGAUUGGAAUACCGAAGAAACUUCAAACUCAAGUUUAUAAGUCUUUCUCGAAAUAGUACAGUUUUUCAAUACAAUUUUUUUCUCUUAUUAAAAGUGGUUCAAAUAA